ACUUUUUGGUCGCCGUUAUUUUUGUAACGUCAAAACGCGGUCACACUCUUAAGAAAAACUCGAAAAUUCGUGAAAAUUCUGCAUACGGAAAGAGAUAAAACCCAAGCGACUGCAAGUUAACAAACAAGCCAAGAAAAUGUCUUUAUUCGGAGCGUUGAUGGGGGACUUUGACGACGAUCUCGGCCUUAUGAACAACCACAUGAACCACACCAUGAACGCAAUGAACAUGCAAAUGCGUUCAAUGAAUCGCCUAAUGAACACCUUCAUGCCGGAUCCCUUCAUGCAGGUCUCGCCCUUUGACCCCGGUUUCCAGCAGGGCGCUUUGAUGGAGCGUCCCCAGAUGCCGGCCAUGCCCGCCAUGGGUCUCUUCGGCAUGCCCAUGAUGCCCAACUUUAAUCGCUUGCUGAAUGCAGACAUUGGCGCCAAUCCGGGCUCCUUCUGCCAGAGCACUGUGAUGACCAUGUCCUCGGGUCCCGAUGGCCGCCCCCAGAUCUACCAGGCCAGCACCAGCACCAAAACAGGCCCAGGUGGCGUUCGCGAGACCCGCAAGACGGUGCAGGAUUCGCGCACCGGCCUAAAGAAGAUGGCCAUCGGACACCACAUUGGCGAGCGGGCCCACAUCAUUGAGAAGGAGCAGGACAUGCGGUCCGGCCAGCUGGAGGAGCGCCAGGAGUUCAUCAACCUGGAGGAGGAGGAGGCCGAGCAGUUCGAUCGAGAAUUCACCUCGCGCGCCACUCGCGGGGCGGUUCAGUCAGGACAUCGCGGAGGUGGGAUGCAGGCCAUCAUGCCCGCCCGUCCGGCGGCCCACACCUCCACUCUGACCAUCGAGCCGGUGGAGGAUGACGAUGAGGACGAUGACUGUGUGAUCCAGGAGCAGCCGCCAGUUCGCUCCGCCGCGGGCCGCCAUUAUUCCACUGCGCCAACGGCACCGCUGAACAGUGGCAACAUUGCAACAACAGCAGCAGCAGCAACAUCUUCGCCAGCUAUCUACGAUCUAAGCAGUGGAAACAACAAUAACUACGUGAGCUCCCGUCGUUCGUACCUGCGAAAUGGCCACGGGCAGGGUUUGGCCACGCCCCGUCGCCCCCUGCGGACGCCCCCAUCCUCGCCGCUGGCCACGGUGUCCACUUCUCCAAGCAUACAUCCACAUCCCUAUGCCGCCCAUCCGAGGCGCCAACAGCGCGUCAUGAAGCAUCAGCACACGGAGGACGAGGCGGCCAGCGCCUCCAAGGCGAGCAAACGCGGCAAGAAGCAGUAGUAGAGACUUGAUCUGCUCCAUGCCAACAUCUUCCAAACCGCACACUCAAAAACACUGGGAAGCAAGCGUUGGGUCCUGUUCCAGAGCAUCUUUAUGUUACAGCAGAAUAGCCAUUCAAAUAUUUUCAAGAAACCUUUUUCUUAAGUUGUUUUGCCAUAUCCUGCGUGCGCCAACCUCAGCUUAACACUCCAAAAUUUACCUGUCUAUCCAAGUCGUCGUUUUGAUGCCCACGCAGGAUACGGAGCAACUCGCUUACUCUUACACAAUACAAAUGUGACUAUUCAACGCCGGAAUCAUUACACUCUCUCAUACCUAAUCAAAAUUUGAAUGAAAGUAAUGGAAAAUAUAUGAAAUCAUAAUCAUAAGUUUGAUAUAUUUGGUUAAUUCUCAAGUUUCUAGAUUUCGUUAGCCACUAAGCUUUAAAUUAUGGAGACCAGAUCCCGUGUGAAGGAACACAGGCGAUUCAAUGGCUCCAAGAUCAUAAAGAACACUAUAAUUACCAAUUCCCAAUACAUGUAAUUCGUAAGGCUUAAGUAAAUGUUGAUGUGAAUUUAAUUAAACGGUAAUUACAUUACAUUAGUGAA